AUUUCAGAUUCCACUAGUAGCUAGCUAACGGUAGCUCGUAUAGCUCAUAUAGGCGUAGACGAGGGCUCAUUUGAUCGCAGUCUACUAUUAUUUUUGCUACUAGCAUUUCCAGUUACAGAUAUAUUAAUUAGUUUGUUAAUAUACCUCUGCUUUUAGGAUGUUUUAAGAUGUUUCGUAGCAGCACAGAGGAGGUAGGAGACACCCCGGACUGUGGACAGACAUGGGGGGUGUCCCCGACGGACAGAAGCGGACUAAAUGAAACCACCUCGUACGGUCCCGCCUCAGCUUCCUCCGGUUCUUCACACCAGAGUUUAGAUGAAGGCAGUACGAGCUCCAGCCGUGGUCCAUCACUCCCCAGAGUGGCCUCAGGUCAGUUCCAUCACAGCUUCAGGUUAGGCAGGAUAAAUUCAUCACUCCUUGCAUCCACCUCGGACAGCUCCUCCCUACGCAGCCGUGGAGGAACACCAAAACACAAGUGGACCCCGGGGUCUGCUGGGGCCACUGGCACACACCCAGCACGGACACCACUCACUGAUCACACCGCAACAAGUUGCUCCUCUGCGACCACAACCUCGGGUGCCACUGUGAUUGUGGCGGUGGUUGAAGGGCGCGGUUUGGCCCGGGGAGAGAUUGGCAUGGCCAGUCUCAACUUGAAAUAUCCAGAGCUUGUACUCUCGCAGUUUGCGGACACUGGGACGUAUGCCAAGGUCAUAACCAAGAUUCACAUCGUGGUGCCACUGGAAAUACUGAUGCCAGACACAGCCAGUGAGAAGGGGAAGGGGACAAAGCUGUUCAACCUCAUCACAGAGAACUUCCCGGGAGUAGCUUUCACUGCUAUCCAAAGGAAGUAUUUUAACGAGAGGAAAGGACUGGAGUACAUCCAGCAGCUGUGUGCUCCAGAAUUUGGCACCGUCCUCAUGGAAGUGCAAGCUAAGUAUUAUUGCUUAGCAGCAGCAGCUGCUUUGCUGAAAUAUUUAGAGUUCAUCCAGAACUCCGUCUACGCCUCCAAGUCUCUCAAAGUGAGCUUUAAAGGCAGUGAACAGACAACAAUGAUUGACUCGGCGUCUGCUGCUAACUUGGAGUUGGUGGUCAAUAACAGAGACCACAGGAGCGAGCAUACUCUUUUAGGGGUGCUUAACCACACUAAAACGCCUGGUGGUGCCAGAAGGUUGCGCGCCAAUAUUCUGGAGCCUCUGGUCGAUGUGGACACCAUCAACAUACGCUUGGACACCAUACAAGAGCUGCUGCAGGACGAGGAGCUCUUCUUUGGUCUGAAGAAUGCCAUAGGUCAUUUCCUUGACAUUGACCAGCUGCUCUCUGUUCUUGUCCAAAUCCCAAAGCAGGAAACGGUUCAGGUUGCUGAAGCAAAGAUUACACACGUCAUUCAACUGAAACACACAUUGGACCUGGUGCCACGGUUAAGGAUGGUGUUGAAGAACUGCAACACAGCUCUGCUCAAGGCAUACAGCACCUCACUGGAAGACAACAGGUUUGACAUGAUUCUAGAGCAGAUCAAGACAGUGAUCAAUGAGGACACUACCUACCUGAAGGGGAGCCUGAACAUGCGCACCCAGAAGUGUUACGCUGUCCGCCCCAACAUCAACGAGUUCCUCGACAUUGCACGCAGAGCCUACACUGAGAUAGUGGACGACAUUGCAGGGCUAGUGAACCAGAUGGGGGAGAAAUAUGGUUUUCCAAUGCGUACCAGCUUCAGCACAGCUCGAGGUUUCUUCAUCCAGAUGAAGCUUGAAGGAGUGGUCCUGCCUGAAGGGAAACUCCCCCCUGAGUUUAUCAAGGUCACCAAGCAUAAGAACAACUACGGCUUCACUAUAGCUGACCUGAUGAAGAUGAAUGACCGCUGUGACGAGGCCCUGAGGGAGAUCUUUCACAUGUCCUAUGUGGUGAUAUGUCAACUUCUGAGCACCAUCCACGAGCACAUCCACUGCCUUUACAAGCUCUCUGAUGCCGUAUCCAUGCUGGACAUGUUGCUGUCACUGGCCAACGCAUGCACCAUCUCAGACUAUGUGCGCCCAGAGUUCACAGACACGCUGGCCAUCAAGCAGGGUCGUCACCCCAUUCUGGAGCGGAUGGUUGGACAGGAGCCUGUGUCGAACAAUAGCUACAUCUCCGAGGGCAGCAACUUUGUCAUCAUCACUGGACCCAACAUGAGCGGCAAAUCCACCUACCUCAAACAGGUGGCGCUGUGUCAGAUCAUGGCUCAGAUAGGUUCUUUUGUUCCAGCUGAGUAUGCCUCUUUUCGUGUUGCUGAUCAGAUUUUCACCAGAAUUGGAGUGGAUGAUGAUUUUGAAACUAACUCUUCCACCUUCAUGUUGGAAAUGAAGGAGAUCUCUUACAUAAUCCACAACGUAAGUGACAGGUCCUUGAUCAUCAUAGACGAGUUGGGGCGUGGUACCAGUGCUGAGGAGGGCAUCGGCAUCUGCCACUCGGUCUGUGAGUUCCUCCUUAGCCUCAAGGCGUUCACCCUGUUUGCUACACACUAUCUUGAGCUGUGCCAACUAGAGUCUCUUUAUCCCAACGUGGAGAACCAGCACAUGGAGGUUCAGCACACACGCAGUGGUGACACUGGCGCAGAGAGCGUUGUGUAUACGUACUUGCUGAAUCGAGGGUGCUCUGAAGAAAGACAUUAUGGUCUGAGAGCAGCAGAAAUGACUGCGCUUCCUUCAAGCAUAAUUCAAGAGGCGAAGAUGAUUGCCUCUAAAGUUAGCCAGCAGCUUUUGGCCAAACAUCACAGUGAUCCAGAGACACAGAGGCAGAGAGCUGUGUACCACCUGGCCACCCGCCUGCUGCAGACUGCCAGAAACUCCAGACUGGACCCAGACAGCUUGCGUAGGUAUCUGAAGGGCCUGAAGAAGCAGUAUGAGGCAGAGCUGCAGGCAGCAGGGCAGCCAGCGACCAUUGACACAGAGGAGGAAUGACUGGUUCAGCCCGGUGAGGCCUGAAAGUAUGAGUAUCAUUAAUGGGCAUAUCGUAUGUUUUUUCCUUUAUUGUGAUUAACUUAUUUGAUAUUAAAUAUAUAUAUUGAAUUCCA